AUGAAACCCUCAGAUUCCAGCGAGGCCCCCCCUGAGGCCUCAAAGAUAGAGGGAGACCCCGCUCCUGCUGCUGCUGCUGCUGCUGCUGCUGCUGCUGACGUGGCAGCAGCAGAUCCAGCAACUGCCGAAGAAGGGGCAGCAACAGCAGCAGCAGAUACUGCGGAGCUGGAUGCAGCAGCAGCGGCACCAGCAGCAGCAGCAGCAGAUGAGAGUGUUGAGGCCUCUCCUGCAGCUGGCCCCCCAGCAGCAGCAGCCGCAGCAGAAACAGCAGCAGCAGCAGCAGCAGAAGAAGAAGCAGCAGAAGCAGAAGCAACACCAGCAGAAGAAGCAGCGGCAGAGACACCAGAAUCCGCCGCAGAAGCAACAGCAACACCCGAAGCAGCAGCAGCAGCAGCAGCAGCAGCAGGAGAGCCAACUGCAGCAGCAGCAGAAACAGAAGCAGCAGCAGCAGCAGAUCUCUUCGGUUCAGGAGAUGAAGAAAGCGGGGACGCCUCCUUGGGGAGCGAUGAAGACCUCUUUGGCGAGGACCUGUCUCCUGCUGCAGCAGCAGCAGCAGAGCCAGCAGCAGCAGCAGCAGCAGCAGCAGAAGCAGUAGCAGCAGGGAGAGGGGGUGAGUCCGAGGCGGAGUUAUCAUCAGGUGCAGCAGCAGCUGCUGCAUCUGCUGCAGCUGCUGCAGCAGCAGAUGCUGAUGAGGAGACAGAAGGGUUUGCUGCAGAGGAGACACAAAAGGAGACAGCUGAAUCUCUCCCGCUGCAGCAGCUGCUGCUCGAGGCCCCGCUCGCCCCACACAUCAGCAGCAGCAGCACUUUCCUUACCUGGAGGGUCCCUCCUGCUCUGUCUUUCAUCACUGCAGCAGACAACCAGCAGCAGCAGCAGCAGCAGCAGCAGCAGCAGCAGCAGCAGGAAGGGUUUGCAAUCAAACAGCUGCUGCUGUGCUGCAGGUUCUCCUACGAUGAAGAAGCAGCAGCAGAAGGAAAGCCAGCAUAUCGGAGCAACUGCCGUCUGGUGCAGUUUAGCGAUGACUCUUAUUGUCUCUUCGUUGACGACAAGGGCUUCGAGUGCAAUAUCAAGAACGACGUCUCAUACAUCUUCGAGUCGAAGGGGGUGCGUAGCUGA